CUCCUCCUCUUUCCGGCACGGCUACCCGGGAACCAGUGGACACAGGCAGAGGGAUACAAAUUUCGCGCGAGUCGCGCUGAGGUGGGCCGUAAAGAGGGACGGACCGGAAGUGGUGGUUGUCAUAGCUACCAAUGCGCCCAGCCUCUUCCCCAGCUUAUCCUCCUCCCUGUACUCCUGCUCUGUGUUUAUGAGGCCGGGAAGAUAGAACAAGGAAGUGGUGACGCACUGGGCCCUCACGAAGACAACCAGAGGCUACAACGACUGCGUUGCCCCGUCGAUUAGGGCGAGGUCCAGACCGGAAAUGGUCGUUUCUAUGGUAACCCUGAGCCGGUUGCCGGGGAGAUGACCUCUUUCGGGUCUCUUUGAAUAUCUGCUGUAGCGUCACCUCGAAGGCAGAUCUAUCAGAUAUCCUGGACUGUCUCCUAUCAUGAUUCCUGGGAAAUACCGCUCUAUUUCUGGCCGGGCUGCGAACAACGUGAACUGUGGGCUUCAUCUGGUUAUUCAAACAUCAUCGCUUCCUGAAAAAAACAAAGUUGAAUUCAAGCUAAAUAAAGACACGUCGUCAUUCCCCGGUAGACUUUUACAACAUGAACUUGAAAGAAACUUCUCAAGUAGGCAAGGAGAUGGAAGAGUAAUAAGUCCUUCGCCUUGUAAUAAAUCAUCAUGCAUCUCAUCCACAACAAAUGUGACAGAACUAUAUGGGCUGGAAAUGAAAACUGCCACGAGCUCCUUAUCAGCAUUUGGAGAUUCUUCCAUUAAGACACCUUCAAAGUCCAGAAUCCGACAGGGCUGUCAUAGUGCUGGCCCCAAUGUAUCUGGUGAUCAUAUUAAUUUGGUGAGCUCAUCACUGUCAUCAUUUCCUAUUCUUCAACGUUCUUCUGAAGAGAAAAUUCUUUACUCAGACAGGUUGAGCCUAGAAAGACAAAAGCUGACUGUAUGUCCUAUCAUCAAAGGGGAAGAACACCUUCGUUUGUUGAACUUCCAACAUAAUUUUAUAACUCGGAUACAGAAUCUUUCUAAUCUACAGAAAUUAAUAUCCUUGGAUUUAUGCGAUAACCAGAUUGAAGAAAUUAGUGGGCUUUCUACUCUGAGAUGCCUUCGUGUCCUUCUGCUGGGGAAAAACAGAAUCAAGAAAAUCUCAAAUCUGGAGAAUCUAAAAAGCUUAGAUGUCUUGGAUCUUCAUGGAAAUCAGAUUACCAAAAUUGAAAAUAUUAAUCAUUUGUGUGAGUUGAGAGUUUUAAAUCUCGCCAAAAACUUUUUAAGCCAUGUUGAUAAUCUUAAUGGGCUGGAUUCACUAAUUGAACUUAACCUGCGACACAAUCAAAUCACUUUCGUGAGAGAUGUGGAUAAUUUGCCCUGCCUCCAACAUUUGUUUCUCAGCUUCAACAAUAUAUCUAGUUUUGACAGUAUUUCCUGCCUUGCUGACUCUUCUUCCCUCUCGGACAUCACCUUUGAUGGCAAUCCCAUAGCUCAAGAGUCAUGGUACAAACACACUGUCCUUCAGAAUAUGAUGCAGCUGCGCCAGCUAGAUAUGAAGAGAAUCACGGAAGAAGAAAGGCGUAUGGCAUCUGUUUUAGCCAAAAAAGAGGAAGAGAAGAAACGGGAAAGUCAUAAACAAUCUUUGCUUAAGGAGAAGAAAAGGUUAACAAUUAACAAUGUAGCUCGACAGUGGGACUUGCAACAACAACGAGUAGCCAGUAUUGCUACAAAUGAAGAUAGAAAAGAUUCUGACUCUCCUCACGACCCCUGUCAGCUUGAUGGAAGCACCCUCUCUGCAUUCCCAGAGGAAACAGGGCCUCUAGACUCAGGACUCAACAGUGCUUUACAAGGUUUAUCUGUCAUAGACACACACCUUGUUGAAGUAGAUGGGGAUACACUUUCCCUGUAUGGCUCAGGAGCGCUGGAAUCUCUGGAUAGGAAUUGGAGUGUUCAAACGGCAGGAAUGAUCACAACAGUCUCCUUCACGUUCAUAGAAUUUGAUGAAAUCGUCCAAGUGCUUCCCAAACUGAAGAUUAAGUUUCCUAAUUCUCUGCACCUUAAAUUCAAGGAAACAAAUCUUGUAAUGCUGCAGCAAUUUAAUGCACUAGCGCAACUCCGUCGUAUUGACCAGUUGACAAUUGAUCCUCAAGGAAAUCCAGUUGUCAGUUUUACACUCUGGAAAUACUAUGUACUGUUUCGGCUAAGCCAUUUUAGUUUGCAGAAAAUAAAUGGAACAGAGGUGACACAGAAUGAUAUGAUAAUGGCUGAAAGGCUCUUUGGAAUCCUAGCACAUGUAGCAUCUUCUGAGUUACCCCAGUAUCGUCUGAUUUCCAUUCUGGGUGAUGCCAGGAAAAAGCAAUUUCGGUAUCUGCUAGAAUCUAAAGGAAAAAAACCUGGUAUUAGCAAUGAAGAAAAUAAUGAAAGCAAAAGACUUGUAGGAGAAAAUACAAAUCGUGCUACAUUAAAUUAUACUACGAGAGACUUUUAUAAUGAAAAGCUAGAGGAAAUAAAGGAAAAGAAGAAAUUCUGCAAAAUGUAUAUAGAAGACCUUGUGAAGGAAGCCACAGAAAUCAACAUGAAAAAUGAGGCUUUGCAGAAGCUUUGGCCACAGAUGUUCAUUGAGCUUGUUAGGGAUGCCGUCAUAGAAAUUCGCAAUAAAAAUUCCUAUAUGAAGCUCUGCCUACAGCAGAUAACAGACCAAAAAUAAAAAUGGCCUUUAGUUACAGUUGAUUUUGGCAGUUUUAUUUUUUGAAGGGUGAAAAUAUGCAGGUUAUACAUGUUAAAACAACAGCAACGCUAUCCUAUAAACUAGAAAGACUAGCAUUAAAGCAUUAUUGCCCACUGUUCUCAUAGCUAAAAGUUAAGAAGGAAAGCAGGAGAAAGGAAGGAAUGAUUUCCUGUAUGAGACGACCAAACAGCCUUUGGGAACUGGGCAGUGUUCGGAGAUGGCAUGCCCUGCAUCCUUGGUUCUUGCUUUGAUUGGUGCCCUGCUAUAGCCCAAAGCAUGUAGCAUUUGCUGACGAUUCAGCAUGAGUUGCAUCUACCUACUUUCAGCGGAUAAUUUUCAGUUAUUUUCCUUUUUAUUUUACAUCAUGAUUUCAAAGCCAAAAAUAUGUUCUUUUUAUGAGUGAAGAAUAAACUUACUAAUAAAUUAGU